AUGUCUCUUUGCCAAAGCUGCAUAUCAAUUCCCUUCCGUGCUCUUCAGCGCGGUGAGUAUAAUCCAGGAUGGAAAAAGGAUUCCUGGGUCGAUAAAAAUGGUCAGCCAUGGGGAUGCGACAGCCAUAUUUGGACAUGCAACAGACGUCAGACCACACUACCGCAGUUGAGGGAAAAUGCCGUCAACUGUGUGUUAUGCAGCAUGCUUAUUCAUGGGUUGGAAAAUAGGCCAACGUACAAGCGACUUUCACAAGAGAUGGAUCUGGAAGUUACUCCUGUGUGGCUUCUUCUACCUGGAUCCGAAGGCUAUUACAAUCAGAAGCUCGAAUUACAUCUCGAGCAGCAAAAUCUUCAUCUAAGAAGUCCAGUAGGGGUGACUGCUGUGGAGUUUCGGAGUAGAUUUGACACCCCAUCUCCGAACCUUUUUCAAAGCGUAAAACUAGAGAAGCUACUCGACCCGGUACCGUUGAAACAGCUGAAUUAUUGGUAUCACGAUUGCAAUACUGGACAUACAAAAUGCUCUGAUCUUCAGAAAGAUGUAGAAUUACCUACGAGGGUCCUGGACCUGUGCGCCAUGCCCAGCGCAGAUGUCAUGAUCGAGCAUGUACAUGAAUGGGAGGAUCUGUUUCUUCCGAGCGAAUGUAAACUAGUUGAAACCACCACAGGACAGCUAGGAAAGUAUGCCACGCUCAGCUACUGUUGGGGUAGCGGUCUGCCGUUCAUGACUACCAAGGAUACUUUGUCAUCGAGAAAGAGUGGCAUCAACUUUCGGGAUCUCCCCAAAACUCUUCAGGAUGCCGCCAUGAUAGCGCGGUAUCUUGGUCUUCGGUAUCUCUGGAUUGACUGUCUUGCCAUUGUACAAGAUGAUGCGGCAGACUGGGAGAAAGAGUCAGCUGUCAUGGCUGAUAUCUAUUCAAACUCAUACAUAAACAUUGCCGCGUCGAAUGCUUCGCACUGUGGAGCGGGUUUCCUAGGACCACGGAAGAUGCCAUUGACCAAACGUAUCGAGAUUUGCGACGACGAGGCCGAUCUGGAGCUGUAUCUCGUUGCUCAACAGACGCGAAACAAUACAGUGAGAGAUCCACUGUACCAACGAGCCUGGGUCCUACAAGAGCAACUACUGCCAAAGCGUUCUAUACAUUUCGGAAGCGACAACAUGCUCUGGCGGUGCCCUAACGGCAUUGAACAUGAAGAGCAAAACAAACAAUGGACACACCUGUACACUCUCAAUGCCGUGGUAACCUGCAUAGGUCUACCACCAGGUGUAUCGUUUGGACAAGAUGCCUGGUUUCAGCUGGUUCGGGACUACACCUCGAGAGGAAUUACCUACUCCAAAGACAAGUUCCCAGCCAUCUCAGGUGUCAUGACUGUUCUACGGCGCAUGACUGAUGACACGAGUUACGCUGGACUCUGGAAGCGCAAUUUCCUCAAGUUGCUUUUGUGGAUACCCAAGCAUGAUAUUGCACCUUUUAAGCGGCCUGAAAACUGGAUAGCUCCUUCUUGGUCAUUCAUGUCUGGAGAUGGUCCGGUAGAUUACAGCCUGGGAGCUCUCAGUUCUAACAUGAAUGCGUCGUUACGAGAGUUUUGCGCAACUCUCGAAGAGUGCAGUGUCACACCCAAAGGCCUGAAUCCUCUCGGCGAGUUGACGACUGGCUUCGCCCGAAUCACUGGUGCAGUAGUGGCUCUUGCUCAGACAUCACAAAAUUCGGAACAGCACACCUACUUCUCGUGCAGUGUUCAAAUGCGCGAUCGGAAGGCGCAUCCUGCGCGUGUUCUGUUCGAUGUCGACACUUACGAGCGCUGCGAUGUUCUGGUGAUUGCGCCAGCCUUCGGAAUAGCGAUUAUCUGCACGAAUGAAGAGCGCAGCGAAUACGUAAGGAUCGGACUGGUAGUAAUUCAAACAGUAGAUCUCAAUGAUGCGAAGGCCGUAAGAUUCGAGGCACUGGUAUCCGGAAACAUCAGAUUAUCCCGAGCCACGCUCGAUUGUGCUUCUCUAGACGGAGUUGUAGAAGCAGUAGUGGAAGCGAAAAGCACAAUGGCAUUACCCAUAAUUGCUGGAGCGGCUGGCACAGCAGCAGUCGCAGCCUACCUGAACGCAAAACACCACAUUGCUCAUGACCUCAGGAAUGCUCGCGGUGGACUUUCACAAUCACAAGAUGUUGUAGAUUUCAUUACCGAUCGCGCCAUCCGAAAACGCGUUCUUACCUACCAUGUCUUCGAAGACCAGGUUCGCAAACAGCCCAACCAUCCCUUCCUCAUCUUCGAAGGCAAGGCAUGGUCGUACAAACAGUUCUUCGAGGCUUUUACAAGAGUGGGGAAUUGGUUGAUAGAUGACCUCGGCAUACAGGUAGAUGAGGUGGUUGCUAUGGAUGGGGGGAAUACCCCAGAGUAUCUGAUGCUUUGGUUUGCUCUGGACGCGAUUGGGGCCGUUCCAAGCUUCGUCAAUUGGAAUUUGACUGGAACGGGGUUGGUGCAUUGCGUGAAAAUUUGCAAUUCCAGGUUUCUCAUCACAGACGCCGAUGUCAAGAGCAAUGUCGAACCAUGCCGUGCCGACCUCGAGGAAACAGGCAUAAAGAUUGAAUAUUUCGAUACAUCCUUCUUUGCAUCUCUAUCGAACUCGACACCUAUACCAGACUCACGUCGUGAACAACUUACCAUGGAGUCUAUUCGCUCGCUCAUGUAUACUUCUGGAACUACUGGAUUGCCCAAGGCCGUGAUUUUGAGCACUGGUCGCGAGCUCUUGACCGGUUAUGGUGUCGCAAAAUACUUGGGUCUCCAACCAGAAGCCAGAAUGUACACAUGCAUGCCACUUUACCAUGGCGCUGCACACGGACUCUGCGUGACACCGAUCGUCCAUGCUGGCAGCACAAUCGUACUAGGCCGGAAAUUUUCGCACAAGACCUUCUGGCCCGAAGUAGCAGCUUCAGAUGCGACCAUCAUACAGUACGUCGGCGAGCUCUGCCGUUACUUGCUCAAUGGCCCAACGAACCCAUACGAGCGGAAACAUAAGGUGCAAAUGGCCUGGGGCAACGGUAUGCGCCCAGAUGUAUGGGAGCCCUUCCGUGAGCGGUUCAACAUACCCAUCAUCAACGAACUAUAUGCGGCUACGGAUGGACUGGGGUCGACCUUCAACCGCAAUGCGGGUCCUUUCACAGCUAACAGCAUUGGUCUCCGAGGUCUGAUCUGGAAUUGGAAGUUUAGGGACCAGGAAGUGAGAGUGAAGAUGGACGUUGACACCGAGGGUAUUAUGAGAGAUGCAAGAGGCUUUGCGAUUCGAUGUGGAGUUAAUGAACCAGGUCAGGUCUUGCAUAGGCUGACACCUGAGACGGUGGCCAGUGCACCGGGUUAUUACAACAACGAGGGUGCGACGCAGGGUCGGAGGAUCACUGAUGUGUUCGAGAAGGGUGAUAUGUGGUUCAAGUCUGGCGAUAUGAUGCGACAGGAUGCUGACGGCCGCGUCUUCUUCGUCGACCGCCUUGGUGAUACUUUCCGUUGGAAGUCUGAGAACGUGUCCACGAACGAAGUAGCCGACAUGAUUGGCAAAUUCCCACAGAUUGCUGAAACUAACGCGUACGGCGUGCUUGUACCUGGUUAUGACGGCCGCGCGGGAGCUGCUUCCAUUGUCAUGGCAGACGGCGUUACUGAAGCGACAUUUGACUUCUCAGCAUUGGCGAGGCAUGCUAAAGCGGUCUUACCGAGCUAUGCUGUACCACUCUUCUUAAGAGUAACACCUGCAUUGGAAUAUACAGGUACUUUGAAGAUUCAAAAGGGCAGGUUGAAGAAGGAAGGUGUAGAUCCGGAAAAGAUUACAGGUGAGGAUAAACUGUACUGGCUUCCUCCUGGAAGUGAUCGGUAUCUGCCAUUUGCGAAAAAGGACUGGGAAGCCAUAUUGGAGAAGAGGCACAACCCACGAUAUCUUUCGGUCCUGGCCCGCCACUGGAAGACCAGUCGUCCGAGGAGCACAAUGGCUUCAACAGAUCCCACCCAGACUCCGAUCCUUCCUCCGCCGCCCGGCCUAACGACCAACUUCGUGAACCCUCCGACGCUCAUGCCGGCCGUGAUUGUCGGUACCACGAUUAUCCAUCUCUUCACUCUACCUUUUAUACUGGCGCGCGCCUACGUCAAUGCAUACGUAAUGAAAGCAUGCUGCAUUGAGGACUACCUCUCCUACAUCUCAUACGUUGGCUGUAUCGCCUACACCGCAGCUAUCGUGCAUGCUGAAACCGUCGGUAUGGCUCGACACAUGUGGGAUAUCUCCAUGGUGACCUUCACGGAGAUAUCCUAUAUCUGCAAUAUCGUGUUCGUUUGUUACACGGCCACGAGCGGACUCGCGAAGACUGUCGUCUUCUUGCAGCUUAAGAAAAUCUUUACCACGAGGUUUCGGGGUGUCGUUUUCUGGGUGAUUGUUGGCUCGUUGAUUGCUAAUGCGCUGUUCUAUACUGCCAUGUUUUUCCUGUACGUCUUUACAUGCUGGCCGAGGGAGAAAAUAUGGAAACCAAGUAUCGAAGGGAAAUGUAUCGAUUCGAACAAACUAAACAUGGCUAUGGGAACUCUGAAUGUUAUCAGUGACGUGGAAGCAUUUGUGGUACCAGUUUGGGCGAUAUGGAAGCUGAGUAUGAAGCUGCAACGGAAGAUCGCGGUCUUGGCGAUUUUCGGCGUGGGUGCAAUUGCUGUCGCGAUUGGUUGUGUAGGACUGUACUAUCGAGUCAUCCUGCUGCAGCAGUCUGACUUCUCCUGGCUACUGACCCAAGCGGGUUUGAUCUGUAUGGCUGAACUUGCCAUCGUCAUUAUCGUGGGGUGCUGUCCGUACGUUCCCCGCGUGAAGAAUCACCUUCGCCCAUCGUCCACACCCGAAAGUUAUGAGAAUAGCAAGCGGACGCCUGUGCCUUUAAAGCAACGUUCGAAGUUUUAUCAUCUGGAGAAGUAUUUGGAUACCAAUGCGAGUGUGUCGAACCUCGGGUCGAGUGUCUCGGAAGAGCACCUAGAGCUACACCAAUAUUGCGAAACAAAGUCUAAGUACCGACCAAAGGGCUUUGGCGGCGACGAUCGUGUCAUUAGUCCAGCCGUAGUCUUCACUUCUCAAAGACACAACCUUUUGUGCCGUUCGCUAUACAGCCUCCACACGAACCCCUAUCGAAGAUCUAUCAACGCUACCACAACCACAACAAUGGGAAAGGCCGAAGCAGGCAGCACAAAAUGGGUCGCCAACAAGAUGAAGUCAAAGGGCUUGCAGCGGUUGCGCUGGUGGUGUGAGCCUUGCCAGAAGCAAUGUCGCGACGCAAACGGGUUCAAAUGUCACGUUCAGAGCGAGAGCCAUGUCCGGAACCUCCAAAUCGUUGGCGAGGACCCUAAGAAGUACAUCCAGGGCUUCAGCAACGACUUCCAAAGGGACUUUGUGAAUCUCUUGCGAACUGCGCACAACGAGAAAUGGAUUGGAGUAAACAAAUUCUACAACGAGUACAUCCGAGACAAGGAACACGUCCACAUGAACGCUACGAAAUGGAGUUCACUGACCGAGUUUGCCAAACACCUUGGCCGGGAGGGUAUCUGCCAUGUCAAGGAAGACGAGAAAGACGGAUUGAUGAUUGCUUGGAGAGAUACUUCUGUUGCAGCUGUAAACAGGCGGAAUGAGAUUGCGGAGCAAGAGGCUGCUGAGGCUCGAAGCGGUGCUGGCGAAGACAAGAUGUUGAAGAAGAUGGCAAAGCGUGCACAGGAAGAAGCCGAAGCCAAGAAAGCUAUCGAGGCCAAACGAGCAGCGGCUCAAGCGGCUGUUCAACAACAGGUCACCCCGCCAGCAGAAGGAGCGUCGCCGACAGAGGAGAACAAGGCCGACUCCCCACUCGACGAACAGAAGCCUGGAGAUGAGAAGGAAGAUGCCGAAAAACCCAAGGCGGAUGCAGCGCCUGUUAAGCUAAGCUUCGGCUUGAAAGCUAAGGCUGCGCCUGCGAACAAGGCUGGACUGGGUCAAAUGAAGAGCCAGAGCAUAUUUAAGCGGAAGAAGGACGAUGCGACAUCUGAGCAAAAGCCGGCGAAGAAAGUUAAUCUCACAGAUACAUGCGCGCGCUGGGAUCUGUUCCUACGCACCGUAACGACGAACCCUAUCUACGCGUCGAACGUCAAAUACCUAAGACUAAAAGAGAGCUCGGUCGAGGAAAAGAUUGGAAUGUUAAACCCAAACUCAGCUGAAGAAGAGAUUGACAAAUCGCCUUCGAAAUACCAAUAUGAAUACAUCGCAGACAUGUUAAGGGCGUUGACUAGCUUAGAGGCAAUACAUGUACAUUACAGCAUAUCAGCAUAUGCUGCUCAUGUCGUACACUGUCUUACGCACAAGCCGUUGCCGCUAUGGGAUACGAUACGAGUGGUGCGCUUUGAUAACACAAACGCCUGGGACGAGGAGUGCGUUGUGCAACUCGAUCUCAAGCGCAAAGAGGAAGGAGAAGAGGAAAGCACACACCGCAAAUAUACUACGGGGACAGAACAACUCAACGGGAACCUAGAAGGCUUGAACAUGGCCAAAUUUCUCGAAAUUCCGAACGUUACCGGUGUCAUCGCUACAACUCGCGACUUCGAGAACGAUGGCGAUGACCAGGACGACGCGGAUUGGGCGGACGAAGAAGAGGAGGGAACAGAUGACGACAGCGAUGGGUGGAGUGAACGCGACUACGAAGACGAUAGCGAAGACAGUGAUUGGGAUUCUGAGGAUGAGAGCGAUUACGAAGAUGACUGGGAAGCUGAGUAUGGAUUCAUUGUACCAAAGGCUGAGCCGGUCAAAGAUCUACCGGUUCCGAACACUGCGGUGUCUCGCCACUCCUUCAUGGGUCCUGCGAACGAGCGCCUGGACGCUAUUCAUGAAAGUAGCAAGAAUACUGGCAGCGACAUCACUUUGCUCGCCUUUGAUGAAGCCCAUUGGUUUGCCAAAAGCCAGUGCUGCCAUGACGUCGUAGCUGUAUCCAAGGAUCUGAAGGGUCAAAUGGUCGACUUCCACUCGUCGCAGGACAAAUUCGUGCAGGAUGACCGCCGACAAUGGUGCGAACACAAAGACAGUGGUGGGAACCGAUUCCAUGGUUUCCUGUUCCUGUCUCUUCCUGCAAGCCCACGGCAUUCCCCAUCUAUGAUGACUUCGAGUACGACCGAGUCGGGCGUCUUGCCUGCACCCCCUGGUGCUGAGACAGACUUCAGUGGUGACCGAACCGGUCUUCAAAGUAGGAUUAUUGUGGUGUAUGUCGUGAUGACGAUACUUUCCACCAUCGUGCUUGGACUACGACUGUAUACUCGCAUCUUCAUUCGCCAUAUGACAGGGCUGGACGAUGCGCUGGUAGUCCUCAGUUGGUGCGGCUGCAUAGGAUGGAUGGUCGUAUGUUUCCAAUCUUUCCAGUAUGGGUUCGGUCAACACCUCUGGAAUGUGACUAUGGAGCAACUGAUGGGCUACACGAAGAUGCUUGUCGGCAUCAUGGUGGUGUAUGUUUGGACACCAGCUCUUGCCAAACUUUCAUUGUUAGCACUCUACUACCGUCUCAAUCCGGACCGGAAAGUCCAAGCAUCCAUCUACGCAUUAGCAGUCCUAGUCACCGGAUACUCAUUGGCUAUCACCAUCGUCGCCGCCGGACCAUGUAAUCCGCGAACGCACACCGACCAAAAGUGUCUUACGGAUCUCAACCUGUUCAUGGCAUGUAUAAACAUUAUCACAGACUUCUUGAUCCUCUGUCUGCCGAUACCUAUGUUGCGCGCGUUGCAGUUGCCCAUCAAACAAAAGGUAUUACUGGGUUUGGUAUUCGCUCUGGGAUCUGGAGUGGUUGUCAUAUCCACUGUCCGCAUUAUAUACGUCUACAGUAUGAUCAGUGACCCUGACUCGACUUACAACGUGGCCAAAGCGUGUAUUUUCUCUACAGUCGAGCUCAACGGCGGAGUCAUUUGCGCUUGUAUCGCGCUCUUGAAGCCUUUCAUACAGAAGUAUAUGCCCUGGAUACUUUCCCUCUCGAGCGGAAGCGGGAGCGGAGACGGAUCCAGAAUUCGCAAACUGAAGAUGUUUGUGAAGCGAAGCGGAGAGAAGAGCUAUGAACUCCGAAGCGCAGAUGCAGAUGCGACCAAGCAUGUCGACAACAGAUUGGAUCGCCGGAUCGCCGUAACAAGAUCAUACAGUGUUUCGGGUUCGAAGACAGGUAAAAGCGAUGGCGAUAGCAUGGAGGAUCUCUUUGCGCCGACCGCGGGCUGGAAUGGUGGUCGAUAA